CCCAGAGUGCCAACUUCUCUUCCUCUCUCUCUCUCCCCUUAAACCCAGAGCGGCAGCAGAUUUCUCUCUCUCAAAACCAGGAAAUCCAAGGAGGAGUUUUGAGUUGUUGAAGAAGCUACAAAAAUGGUGAAGAAGAGCAAGAAGAGCAAGAGCAAGAGGUUGCCUCUUCGAAAGAAGUACAAGAUAUUGAGGAAGGUGAAAGAGCAUCACAAGAAGAAGGCAAAGGAGGCAAAGAAGCUGGGGUCAAACCGGAGGCCAAAGGUUGAGAAGGAUCCUGGUAUUCCAAACGAUUGGCCAUUUAAGGAACAAGAGCUCAAAGCCCUAGAGGCUAGACGGGCUCGAGCCAUUGAAGAACUGGAGCAGAAGAAGGCUCUCAGAAAGGAAAGGGCUCAUAAGAGAAAGCGGGGAGAGCUAGAUGAGGAUAAUGAACUUGCGAAUUUGGCAGAUUCAGCUGUGGGUAAAGAACAUGCUUUUGCAAAGAAAAAUACUGCAACAAAUGCUCUUCCUGAAUUCAGUCAUAGCCAUGACACCUCCGAAAGGGCUUUCUAUAAAGAGUUCGUGAAAGUUAUAGAGGCCUCGGAUGUUAUUCUGGAGGUUCUUGAUGCCAGGGAUCCUCUCGGAACUCGUUGUAUUGAUAUGGAAAAGAUGGUUACAAAGUAUGGUCCUGAGAAGCGCCUUGUUUUACUACUCAACAAAAUAGAUCUGGUUCCUCGGGAGGCUGUUGAGAAAUGGCUCAAAUAUUUGAGAGAAGAAUUGCCUGCAGCGGCAUUCAAAUGCAGUACACAAUCCCAGAGGUCAAAUUUGGGGUGGAAAUCAUCAUCCAAAGCUGUCCCACGAGGCAGUAUGCUACAGAAAAGCGACUGCCUGGGUGCUGAAACCCUUAUAAGAUUGUUGAAGAAUUAUUCCAGAAGCCAUGAGCUCAAAAAGUCCAUAACUGUUGGUGUUGUUGGGCUCCCUAAUGUUGGAAAAAGUAGUCUGAUAAAUAGCUUAAAACGAUCACAUGUUGUUAAUGUUGGUGCCACACCUGGUUUGACAAGAUCAAUGCAAGAAAUUCAGUUAGACAAGAAGGUGAAGCUAUUGGACUGCCCAGGAGUUGUCAUGUUUGGCUCUGGCAAGAAUGGUGUAUCUGUUGCACUUAGAAAUUGCAAAAGAAUAGAGAAAUUAGACGAUCCCAUUGGUCCAGUUAAAGAGAUACUUGACCUGUGCCCUGCUGAGAAGUUGAUGUCGGUGUAUAAAUUGUCCAUAUUUCACUCGGUCGAAGAAUUUUUGCAGAAGCUAGCCACUCUUCGUGGUAAGCUGAGGAAAGGUGGAGCUGUUGAUAUCGAGGCAACUGCUCGGAUAGUUCUUCAUGAUUGGAAUGAGGGUAAAAUACCAUAUUAUACUUCACCCCCAGCUCGUGAUGAUGGUGAGAAGUUGGAGUCAGCCAUUGUGUCAGAAUGGGGGAAAGAGUUCAAUGUGGAUGAAAUUUAUGGGGAGGAGGCAUCUUUCAUUGGUAGCCUUAAAUCAGUGGAUGAUGUUUUUCAUCUCGAAGUUCCGCCAAGUUCACCCCUUAAUUUGGAUUCUCAAAUGCUGGAGUCACCCAAGGAAGACAAACCUAUGGAAGAAAAGCAGAUGGAAGAAUCAAUGGCUUGUGAUGAUGAGAGGGGUGCUCCGGCAGCUAAUAACAUCAGUACCACCAAGGGACAAAAUGAUAAGCUUUACUCUGCGGAAGGCAUAUUGGAUCCUCGCAUAGCCAAGGCAGAGAAGAAGAAGAGAAAGAAAGCAAAGCGCUUCCCUGCUGAGGAUGACAAGGAUGCUGAUUAUGAUUUUGCGAUCGACUACAUGAGUGCUAGAAUGGCUGUUGCCCGGCUUUCGCGCAGAGAUGAUGGUACUGAUGAUGAUGACGAUGAUAAUGAUGGUGAUAAUGAUGGUGUUGACAUACAUGAUGAUCAUAAGAAGGAAGGUGAUGUCAAUGAUAAUGAUGGUGAUAAUGACGGUGUUGACAGACAUGAUGAUGAUAAGAAGGAAAGCGAUGGAACCAAGAUGGCCGGUAUUGAAUUGGAUGGAUAGAUACUGUCUUGAAGUAUUGCAUAUUGCCUUCACAUGGUGUUAAGUUGAAAAAUUUUGACUUAUUAAGUUUGCAAAUUUUUGGCAUGAAGUUGAUUGCAAUUUUUUUUUUUUUUUUUGGUGAGACUCAAUCUGGAUGUAAAGAUGUUGCUGAGGUAGCUGGUAUCUAGUCUGGAGGCAACCAAGAUGGCGGGUAUCAAAUUUGGAUAGAAGCAUUGUUGUUUUCUUUUUUCUUUGGUAAUGCUAUAUAGGUUUUAAUUCUAAAUAGUUGGGAUAAGGUUAGGAUGGUGACGAUUAUGCUGAUCAAUGCUAUAUAGGUAAACCUCAAUUUCAAAUA